CACAUAUAUACACACACAUAUUUUUUUUUUUAAAUAAGCAGGCCUUGUUUACCGCACACCCCUUCCCUUUCUUGUACGCACAUAAACACACUAUUAUGGGUUCAUCUGCUUCUAAACCUCAAGAGCCUGUUAUUUUCUAUAACCCUAGUGUGCCACUCCAGUUUUCCACCAGUCUUGUUCAAAACUUGGAAAAGAAAGCCGAACAGACCACAGAAAAGACACAGGCUCGCCAAGUAGAAGCCAUUGUUCAACAACGUGUUACUGAGGAAUUAGAAAAGUUGCAACAAGAACAAGCUCAAUUAAAAGAGAAAUUUCACGUAGAAUUAUCAGAUAAUGUCAAUGCAACUGCACCUGCUGUCAACACUGACAUUCAAGCCAUGGUAGAUAGAAUCUCUAGAUCCUCUGCAAAGGAAGUUUCUCCCGAAAUUAAAAAGGCUCAAGAGGAAGUGGUUGCAUGUUACAACAACAACAAGUCACGUACUUUGGAUUGUUGGAAACAAGUAGAAAACUUUAAACAAGCAGUAACAGAAGAACAAAAGAAGUUUGUUGGAGCUCAUCAAUAAAAAUGCCCCGUGGUUGGCUUUUCGUUU